AUGGAGGAGAGGGUAUUGUCGGAGGCAGGCGCGAGGGGCGAGGACGACUUCAGGAGCUGCUGCGGGGACGAGGAAGAGUGGGAGGACACCGAGGAGUCGUUCACGGCCGGCGUCGCAAAGGGGGAGCUCGACGAGGCCUCGGUGCGCCUCUUCUUCAAGGGCGUGUCGAGCCCCGAGGCGGAGGGGAAGAAGCUGUCUGGGAUCGGGGUCGUGAUGGAGAGGUCCCCUGGUGUGCCUGUUCUCAAGGUGCAGAAGAAACUGGAUUUCUAUGUCGAGGAGCUGGUGGCUGAGCACCUGGCGCUCAUGGAUGGGCUGCUAGUCGCCCUACAGAAUGGGAUCAGGAAGAUCUUUGCCUUCACCAAUUCAGAGAAGCUCUACUUUCAGAUAGCAGAAGCUGAAAUUCUUGAAGACCAGCUUUUGGUAGCUUUAGGACACAGGAUUCUUGAACUGGUGGAUAAGUUGGAAGACUUUGAUUUGAUAUUGCUUCCUAGCUUUGAACUUGAGAGGCCCUUGCAGUUGGCCAAAGAAGCUAUAGGCAUCAGAUAUCUAUCUCCCUAUGAGGUUGCUACCUGCCCGAUUUGCCGUGAGGAGAAACUAGGUUCUCAGAUGAUCAAGGCAGGUUGUUCGCACACAUAUUGCUAUAAUUGCCUGACUGGGUAUGUUGAAGAGAAGCUGCUGACCUCAAAGCUUCCCAUAAGGUGCCCACAAUUAAGGUGUAAAUAUCUCAUUUCCGCUAGUGAGUGUAAAUCAUUCCUUCCAGUUAGCAGCUAUGAUUCCCUGGAGAGAGUAUUUGCAGAAGCUGGCACCUCAGAAAUGGAAAGAUUUUAUUGUCCCUUUCCAAAUUGUUCAGUGCUGUUAGACCUUAGUCAGCACUUCUCUAGGGCAAGUUCAUCAAGCCAGUCAGAACUCAGUUGUAUCGAGUGCCCGGAAUGCCAUAGAGAUAUAUGUAUCAACUGUGGAGUGCCAUGGCACAUCAUGAUGGGCUGUGAUGAGUACCAGAGCUUGCCUGCUGAGGAAAGAGAUGCUGGAGACUUAUCUUUGCAUCAGCUUGCACAAAACAAUAGGUGGAGGCGUUGUCAAAGGUGCCGACGUAUGAUUGAACUAACACUGGGCUGCUUCCAUAUGACUUGCUGGUGUGGGCACGAGUUCUGCUACUCCUGCGGUGCUGACUACGCUAGUGGUGUACAAACAUGCCAAUGCGUGUUCUGGGACGAUGAAGCCAUGGAGGCCUCCACCGCUGAGCGAUCCACCCAAGCAGCAUCUGAGAUAUGGGCAUGGGACACGUUUGACUGCAUGCCGACCGCCGUGGAAGGGUACUCGGAGCAGGAAAGGGCGCAGCUGGUGCUCAUCCAGAGGUUCCUCGCCGGGGGUUUUAGCCUGGGAGACAACCACAACCCCAACCCCUGCCAGUCGCCGCCGCGCUGCGCCGACUCGUACAUCGUCGACACCAUGAAGGACCUCCACCAGCUCCCGUGGCUCGAGCGGUUUGUGUCGGUGAUCAGCGACCCCUACAACGAUGACUACAUCCAAUGA